UAAAUCCAAUGGCAAAGUUGGAACGUUGGUACUUUAGGAGCCUUAGGCCUGAAGCUCAUGUGGACAUGAAGAUUAUUGAUGCUUUUGCUCAUGUACAACGAUUUACACAUAAAGAGAAGUGUGACAAAAUGGAGGAUAUGAGAACUCUAAUUUUGCCCACCUUUCAUCCCAAUUUGGAAAGUGGUCAUGGUCAGAACUUUUGGGAGACGGGGGAUUUUGGUUUUCUUGGUGUACCGGUCGAUGUUACUUUGGUUCUAAAUAAUGCCGAAAAGAUCCUAGUGCCUAUGAAGGACAUCGAAUACAAUCACUGGAUACUGGCUGUAUUGGACAUUAAGAGUUCCUCUGCAUCGUAUUGGGACUCCAUGUCCACUGCACGCGCAAAAAGGCACAGGAUACAUAUGCUUAGCACACUGUUGAAGAAGCUUGAUAAGUUGCUGUUGAGGACGACGGAUGAUGUGCAUUCUGGCCGACCUGUUUUUGAAGUUUUCAAUAUAGUGCCUGCCGGAAAACUCCCGCAAUAGGACAAUGGACAUGAUUGUGGUAUUUUUGUCAUGAGGUUUAUGGAGUACAUUGCAUCCGGACAAUCUCCUCCCUCGACCUAUGUAGGUG